GAAAAUGUAUAAAUGUAUCUGCUGCUGUCAUUUUUGAGGAAUUAAACCCUGUAACUGUUUAAAUUAAGGAAGUACGCGGUUCGAGACGGCGGUCCGACCCUCUGAUUGGCUGCAGUCAAGCUAUUAUGAUAAUGAGGGGGCGUGGCUUCAAUUGGGAGACGCUGAGCUGCUGAGAAACGCCUCAUUGUGUCGAUUUGACCCGGACAGCAGACGUUCUCUUGCCUCCUCUGUGUCUGUGAGCUUUCUGUCUUUGGUGGAUUUAUACUUCGAAUCGUAACAAUUUUAAUCAAAGCAAAAAACCAAACUGCCCUGCAAGGAUUUUCCCGCCUCCUCGGUCCCGGUUUUUCUUUGGAAAUACGCGGAGCAGUUUGGAGAGAUGUGCCCGGAGCGGACUGCGUGCGCGGGCUGGGAGCAGUGAGGCAACGCGUCCGGCUCCUUCCUCAGUGAAUGAUGAGGAGUCCCAAAGAUUUAUAAAGAUUUGAGAAACUGGGAUUGAAUUACUCUUGCAUUCUGGACUUUGGGAUUCUGGACUGGAGCUUGUGGAGCUUGUGCUUGGAUUUGGGUUUCCCUCCUUCGCCUCCUGGCUCUGCUGUGUGCUCUGGACCUGCUGGACUGUCCUCGAUUCUAGGUGACUGAGGGGGUUCACCCCCACCCCCUGCUUCACCUCUACAUCACCUGACCAGCAGGAGGCUCCACUUCUUCAACAUGCAGAUUUCCAGCCUCAACUGCACACCAUGAUCUGCUGACACACUCACCUCCCCCCCCCCCCAGCCCUCCCACCCCCCCCACCCCCUCCCCUCUGAAGUUUCCCUGCAAAGAUGGAAGUGACCAGCCGGCUGUUGCUGUGGCGGUCUCCACUGCUGCUGCCGCUGCUGCUUCUCCCCCUCACGUCCCGCUUCCUGUCCGAGUCGGCAUCGACCACGACUUUCCCCAAAGACCUGGAGCCUCUGGUCGUGGUCAGCUCGGAGCACUCGUACAGGUAUCCGGGCUUUCAGGGAUUGCUUCAGGACAACGACACGCUGCGUCUGGGUCUGGACUUUCAGAGAAUGCUGCGCAUUAAUCACAUGCUCUAUAUCGCAGCUAGGGAUCACGUGUUUGCGGUGAACCUAACGACAGCUUCAGAAGAUUUUGUUCCCCAGCUGAAAUUAACAUGGAAGUCCAAAGAUGUCAGCAAGUGUACAGUUAGAGGGAAGAACAGCGAUGAGUGCUACAAUUAUGUCAAAGUGUUGGUUCCCAGAAAUGACGAGACGUUGUUCGCCUGCGGGACCAAUGCCUUCAACCCCACCUGUCGGAAUUAUAAGAUGACCUCCAUGGAGCAGGUCGGGGAGGAAGUGGUGGGUCAGGCUCGCUGUCCGUUUGAGUCCGGUCAGUCCAAUGUUGGACUCUUUGCUGGCGGAGAUUUCUACUCUGCUACCAUGACGGACUUUCUGGCCAGCGAUGCUGUCAUCUACAGAAGCCUGGGAGAUGACCGGCCCGUUCUCAGGACCGUCAAAUACGACUCCAAGUGGCUGCGAGAGCCGCACUUCCUGCACGCCAUUGACUACGGGAACUAUGUCUACUUUUUCCUGAGUGAGAUCGCAGUGGAAUACACGGCUCUGGGCAAGAUGGUGUUUUCUCGAGUUGCUCGCGUUUGUAAGAAUGAUAACGGAGGAUCUCCCAGAGUUCUGGACAGAUACUGGACGUCCUUUCUGAAGGCUCGUCUAAACUGCUCCGUUCCUGGAGAUUCCUUCUUCUACUUUGACGUCCUUCAGUCUCUCACCAAUGUCCUCCAGAUCAACCAGAGGCCUGCAGUCGUUGGGGUGUUCACCACUCAGGCUAACAGCAUACCAGGCUCUGCAGUUUGUGCUUUCUACAUGGACGACAUAGAAAGAGUCUUUAACGGAAAGUUCAAGGAGCAGAGAACCAGCGACUCAUCAUGGACUCCAGUACCCGAAGAGCAGGUUCCCAGACCAAGGCCUGGUACCUGUGCAGGUGAUGGUCCAGCUUCAGACUAUAAGUCAUCAGUCGAGUUCCCAGAUGAGAUGCUGACUUUUAUCAAGUCAUACCCUUUGAUGGAUGAAGCAGUUUCCUCCGCUAAUGACCGUCCCUGCUUCACCAGGACCUCUAGCAGGUCCAAAUUGACUCAGAUAGUGGUGGAUGUUUCUGCCGGUCCCAAUAAGGACCGCACUGUGAUGUUCUUGGGUUCUGAUGAUGGGAGAGUGCUGAAAGUUUUGGCCAGAACCCAUUCAAACGACAGCUUCGGGUCCAAACUCCUGGAGGACAUAGAUGUCUACAACCCAUCAAAAUGUAAUGUUCAGGGUCAGGAGGACAGAAGGGUCCUGGGAUUGGAGCUGGACAAGGACCACCAUGCCUUGUUUGUGGCCUUCAGCAGCUGCGUCAUCAGAGUUCCUCUCAGCCGCUGCAGCAAGCAUGGCGCCUGCAAAACAGCCUGCUUGGCCUCCCGUGACCCCUACUGCAUCUGGCUUCACACUGGAACUUGCGUCAACGUGGCGCCGGGCUUCAAAGCCGGGUUUGAGCAGGAUAUCGAGGGCAACCACUCCGGCAGCUGCCACUCUGAUGUGCGAGCGACAACACGAAACCAGGAGUCUGCAGCUGACUCCGCCUACGGCGUUCGCCGUCUUCCAGAGACAGACCAGCGAGCCAGCGCUAACGUCCACUACACCCUGCUGAUAGCGUGCGUUCUGGUGGCGUUCUUCCUGGGAGCCAUCUUGUCGGGUUUCCUGGUGUCGUGUUACUGCAGCCGCAGCUCCUCCCACCGGGCCAGGAGGCUGGGGAAGGACCCCGAGGCGUCCCUGCCUCACGCUCUGUCGCUACGAUCCUUGGCUAAACUCAACGGGCUGCUGGACGGACAGCCAAAGGAAGACAAACUGGAUGUUUCCACCCCCAAAAUGUACAGUUCUUUCAUUCCUAACGGGCGUGCCGAGCCCCACCUGCACGACCCGGGCCACCAGGGCCUGCAGCUGGGGGACCCAGAGCUCAGCCUGUCCCAGUCUCUGUCUCAGGGGGACGGGGAGCUCUCCGGCCUGCCAACUCCAGACUCCACCCCGGAGCUCCACGUCAGGAGCCUGAAGGCCGUCCGCCAUCAUCCGUACGAGAAGAGCCAGGACUGCGGCGGCGGCGCCAGGGACAGCAGCCAUAAGUCGGGCCCCAGCUCCUCCGCAUCCGCUCACGGCUUCAUGGCUGUUGUCGGGAGCUCUCUGAACCAGCCGGUGUUUCCCUUCUCUCACCACAACCCCAACGCUCUGAGCAAUGGAGCGGCUCACCGCGAAGGCGCAUCCUCAACGUCGCUGCAUCUCCUGGAGGAGAGGAAGAUCGAUGAGCGAGGCACGGCAGCAUCAGCAUCAGGCGGAGGAGGAGGAGGAAGAGUCCCACCUCAUCACCACUCCCAACAGUCCCUUCCCCAAACAGUGGUGGACGUUUCUGCGCUGGACGAGCUGCUCAAGCACAUCCACGAGGUCAGCGCGUCGGGAACCGGAGGCAUCAAGGUCCUCACCUCCACCUCCUCCUCCUCGCUGUUCCCGGGGCCGUCGUCCUCCUCUGGAGGAGGACACCACAACCUUCAUCACCACCAUCAUCACACUCCCCACAGCCAGCCUCGCACUCACCACAGCAACCACAGUCUUCACCAUAGCAACCACCACAACAGCAGCAGCAGCAGCAGUCAGCAUCACCAGCAGCAGAUCCCCGAGACGGAGUCUGCUUCCUAUUACAGUACCGCCGCUCUGCCAGGAGGGGGCGUCCCCAAACGCCUGGACACCGCCGCUCCAAACUCCACCUCAUCCUCAUCUUCCUCCUCCUCAUCCUCCAAUAACCCCACCUCCUCCACAUCUAUCCCUUCUUCCUCCUCCUCUUCCUCCUCAACUCCUCUUCAACAGCAGGUCAUUCCUGAGCAGCCCGGGGAGGCGGCGCUUUCGGUGACACGUCAUCAGCCUCAGCGCCACUCCAUCAUCAAAAUGGGUAGUGGGGGCGGUGCCGUCCCCCGCCACCAUAGCUUUAACCAACGGGGGGGGCACGCGCACUUUCUGGCCAGGAUGAACACAAACAGCAGCAGCAAUGGACCUCCGAGCACCGCCGCCGGCAGGAACACCAGCAUUAACGGCGAGAGCCAGCGGCAGUCGGUCGCCAGCGCUUGCCUGACGCGGCAGCACAGCUACAGCGGCGGGCCGCACGUGCAGCGGGCGGCAAUCAUCCGAAGAACAGUGUCCCUCAAACCCAAAGUUCCGCCAAAACCACUCUUUCUGCCAAACACAGCGGCGGCGCCCGUCGAAGAGGCGGGAAAGUACAACUACUGAAACUGUGCUGGGGAGGGGGGGGUGACCCCACCCUUUACAUGGCUGCGGGGUUCGUGAGGAACGCUCUCCCACAUGCCCCCUGGACUCGUGCGCAGAGACUGAAUGAGCGCUCUAAUGGGUCCAAGUGGUCCUCAUCAAACCUCACUACCGGUUUGAUGAGUCGUGGUUAAUCGUCCGCCGCCUGGCGCGACUGCCGCACGGAGAGAAACUCCCAGUUCCUCCUUAAAACUUCACCUUCACAAGAAAGUGAAGCAGCCUCUAAAAUAAACAUUCCAAACGCGGGACAAAAGACAUUAACGAUUCACUAGGAAGCGGCGGCUGGCCUGGAAAAAGCCCCGACUCGUGCCGUUUCCUUUGAUCUGACGAUCCCAGCUGUUGCACCUUGAAACAGAUCCGGGGAUUUGGUCGGCAAAUGUUCAGAGAGCAGUGGAUUGGACCGCAGACUCGAAUGAUCCGGGAGGCCUGCAUCCUUUGGAGUGCAGCGCCAGCAUUUCUCUCCUCGGGAGCAGUUACACUAAAGGAACCGACCGUCUGCUGGAGAAUUCUGUUUGUUUCUGAAUUUAUUACGGAAAUUAAAAUGUAAAAAACAAAACAAAAAAAAGACGUUUACUCUCCUUUAAUGCAGGGAAGAAAUUCGCCAAGGCUGUUAGAGACCAAUCCAUCUGCAGCACUAAAGGAAACUAGAAUCCAGUAGACGGAUCCAAAUCACAGCAAACUGCUCAUGAAAAACCACAGAAAUGUUCCUUUUUAUACCAUAUUGGUAUUUGAGAUUAACUAAUUCUGCAAAUGACAAGUUCAUGCUCUCAGUCCCCCUUAAGACUCCUUCAUUUCAAUGGCUUGUUGGAACAGAUUACGUAAUUGGCUCUCUUGAAUUAAUAAUAUCUCUCAAACGACCCAAUUUGCUCCGUUAACGCCGCCUAAUGCAUCCGUGAAGAGCGCGACCUUUGCUGCAUCUGUAAACAUGCUCAAACGGUGUCCAAGUUGCCAGAAAAUCAAUCCGUUUCCGAACUGCAACUCCGAAAUUCAUAAGACUGAGAAACCGUUUUAAUGUGACUUUAGUUCCCCAGUAAACGCCACAUUUCAAAAAGCGCGGCAGGCUGCGUCCGCUUUCUGCCAGGCAGAUGCAUACUUUGGGGAGAUUUUCAGCUGCAUCUUUUUGGAAUCGUUGAUUCGAUUUGACUUCAGUCUGCAAGGUGUGAACAUUUCUGCAGGAAAAGGAGAAGAAAGCCAAAACUUUGGCUUGAUUUGAAGAAUCAAAGCAGUUCAGAAUGAGUUCAUUUAGGACAGUAUGUGCAUCUGUUUUAGGGCCCAAACGCUGAAGUAUCCAGCCUCAGAGUCUGAGAUCAAAGCUAUCAGGUCUUUCUUCAGUUUGUGGAAACAUUCGAUGAAAAAGAUGAGUGAAAUUUGAAACAAGCAGCAGGUUUUGGCCGCUUUGCUCCAACAGACUCUCCGGUCUGGGUCUGCUGCAGACGGCAGGAGCGUUUCGACACAGAUGGCUUAAAAAUACCCGACUGUGAAGGGGAUCUGCCGUUUCCGGUCCCACUUUUGCCUUCUACAAUUCGUCCGUUUGUGUCCCCCUCACCAUGUCGCAGAUGCAGCAGGUUAGAACUUUUUUUAUUUAAUUUUUUUUGGAGAUGAGCAGCACUGCCACCAGAUACAGCAAUAAGACCCUGAUGGAACUCAAACAUCUGCUCCAAGGCCCUUUUCUGCCGUUUGGAACCCUCUGAAAGUGAAUGGGAUGUGGAGGCUGAAUGCUGGAAACUCCCAGUCCAACUAAAACUCCUAAAAAAUGCUUUAUUUACCAGGAACUGAGCUUUCUGAUUAUAGUAAUCCAAAUAACUGAAAAUUAAAAACUUUUUUUUUAACUAUAGGACAUUUGAAAUUAUUCAACUUUUGAUAUUUAGACACAUUUAAGUAUCUUAUGUUUAAACCAAAUCCUCGCCCUCUUGGUGCAUUUAAAGACUUCUUCAAAACUCGACUUUUACGUUAAAAAUGACUGAAAGAAUGUAUGGAGCUGUGAGCAGCGUUUCUGUCAGAGCUGCAUGAAUCACAUCAAACAAAAGACAAGUCAUAAGCUGGGAAUGAUCACUAUUUAUGAGGAUGUCUGUAAAAGUGUCCAAAGGGAAAACAGGCGUAUGGAUUAGAAAAACGCUGAUCGUAAAGAAGUUCAAACGGGAGACUGAUGAUUAAAAUGGGCUUAAGUAAGUCAGAAGUCAGGAAAGAUUUAGCUUUUGUGAGGCUGACAUUUGGAAAUGAUUUUCAGAGGAAAUCCUCUUUCAAAUGUUUAAUACAUUUAUAAAAAGCAUGUAAACAAAAACAUGACUCUUGUAUUUCAAUAUAUUUCUAAUCAAAGCUCCACUAAACAAAACUGAUUAGGAAUGGAUGCUUUAGUCCAAAAACACUUUUAAUAUUUACACAUAUUUGGGCUUCAAAAAGAUAAAGCAAACGUUUCCAUGGCAACUUCAUCAGGUUGGCACGGAGAUUGUUAAAGAAAAAAGGUUAAAGGGGAAUAGAGGGCUCUGGAAAAGGAAUACUAAUUCAGGAUUUCUUUAGGAAAUUUCAACUUCUGGGAUUCAGAAAAAUUGGUUUUAGAAAUAAACAGAAACUUGAUCCCAACUUUCUUUUCUUUUUACCUCCAACUUAUUUCUCAUCAGACACUUUUAGGUUUUCUUAUCUGCACCAAGUCGAUUAGGCAACAGCAGCUCAGCUUUAAUGAAGCAGCUCUGUCUAAUAAGCUUUGCAACCUUGACGCAACUUUGAACGCCCCACUGUGGGACGGACGGCUGGAGCUCCGAAUCAGAAAAACCGCGUCAUGGCGAUGCAUCCGCUGUGUCCAAUCCCAGCCAGAGCUGCAGACUCCAUGAAAAGAGAUGAUUCCACUUAAACAGAGGCUUCAUGUUGGGGCUGGAGGUUGAGGGCUUACAUCACCCCCCGUCUCCCUCACGGGGACUUUUUGAUGUUGGUGGAGUCGGGUGGCGUUCUGUUCUCUGAAAGUGGGACGUCUGCAAGACUCAAAGAUAAAAAUUAGUGAGUCCAGCUGACACAAGCAGGAGAAAUCUGGAUUUCAGACUUAGUUGCUGCUCUAAUGGCAUUUCUGCUGUCUGCAGGAGGGAAAAGCAACUCUUUGCAGGCAGUGUGGCAUCAUGGGAAUGCCGGCGCUGCGCCAUAGCGUGCUGCAGCACGAGCCCUUCCGUUUUCUGUCGUUACAACACAGACUAAAAGGAUUCUUGAGAAGCUUUCGUCAGAAUUAUGCCACUAAAUCUCUUAUUUGGUACUUUUAAUUAAAAAAAGUCCAGAAGCGACGAUAAAAAAAACAUAAUCAGGAAAUAUGAGGUUAGUUUCAAUCUGAAUUUAAAAUAAUAAUAAUAAUAAUAAAGCUGCAUCGUAUCGCAGGAGCUCCCUGCCCCCGCCCUCAUUUUCCCCUCUGCCCCAGUCAACCCUGCCACUUUUCUUUUUUCCAGAUGUGAAAAAUAUGAUGGUUUUUAGAUUUUCACAAUAUUCCAGUAAAAUAUGCAAAGGAACAUCACUUUUGCAAACUUGCCACUCUAAAGCCGUUCAAAAUCUAAAUCUUCCAAUUCCACCCCCACCCCCCAGUAGCUCCCUAAUGAUGCUUGAGGCAACAACAGAACAGUUUCACUUUGUAGCUGGUACUAUAGGCAGCUUUUUCCAGAGGUCAGAGGUCAAUCAAAGUGUAUUUAUGGUUCUCCACUUAAGAAGGCGACGUUUUCGUGACGUUUUCUUUUCCCAUAUUGUGGGAUAAAGCCGAAUUUCACACGUUGCCACAAAAUGGCCACCAAGCCACAGGACCGGUGGCCAUCCCAUAAUACUUUCAACACUUCCUUUGGGUAUUUGGGUUUUGGUUUCAUUUGCAGAAUCUAAAAUAUUUGUUUUUUGAGCCCCGGAAGGGAAUUUUGGCCCCAUUUCUUUUUUUUUUUGACGGUUUUUCUGGCUGUGAUGUCAUCGUUUCUUUGGGUGGGGUCGUUCACUUAUCCCAAAAUUCAUUUUCACUGGGUACUACGUGCGUGAAAAGUUUAUAGCGGGGGGUCAAUUUGGAAAACCAUCCUUUAGUCCAGGACUUAUGCGGGACAGAAAACCCUUGAAAUCACCAACAGACAGGAGUUUGGUAACAGGAACAUGAGGCGGACAUGUUUUAGUUUCUCUAACAACCGGACCUCAGUUCAGAAAUUCAAAAAUCCCCAUUUCCAUUCCUCGUAAAGCAAAACCGUGGUAAAAGGCCCCUCCCAAAGAGUGCUGUCACUUUAAGAAGAAACCCGAGGCACGAACUGCAAAAAA